ACAGCUGAUACGCCACCUACUGCAAACCCAAGCUGACAGUCGGAGCAAUGCGAGCAGCAUUUCCAUUCCAACACCGAGCUGGAGCUGAAUAAAGGUGCUUUUUAAUAAGAAACAUCUUCCUUGCAAGCUGACAAGAGGAAAGCAGGAUAGCUGUAUUGUUGUCCUAGCUUCAAUAAUGGAGAGAAAAGCAAGCAGGAGAGAAAACGAAUGCGAAGAAAAAAACAGCAACUCUGAAAGCUCCGAGCUAGACAAGGACUAUAAAACGUCUCUGAUUACUCUGAAUGUCGGUGGUUACCUAUAUAUCACACAAAAACAGACACUAACCAAGUAUCCAGAUUCUUUUCUGGAGGGGAUCAUAAAUGGAAGAAUAAUGUGCCCAUAUGAUGCAGAUGGUCAUUACUUCAUAGACAGAGAUGGACUCCUUUUCAGACACAUCCUCAACUUCCUACGGAAUGGAGAACUUCUUCUACCAGAGGGAUUUCGAGAAAAUCAACUUUUGGCACAAGAAGCUGAAUUUUUCCAGCUUAAGGUACUCUCAGAGGCAGUGAAAUCAAGGUGGGAGAAGGAACAGCUAGCAUCUCGAGAGACUACUUUCCUGGAAAUAACUGACAGCCACGACCGUUCACAAGGACUUAGAAUCUUUUGUAAUGCUCCUGAAUUCAUUGCAAAAAUAAAAUCCAGAAUUGUACUGGUGUCCAAAAGCAGGCUGGACGGAUUUCCAGAGGAGUUUUCAGUAUCUUCAAACAUUAUUCAAUUCAAGUACUUCAUAAAGUCUGAAAACGGUACACGAUUGGUACUGAAGGAGGACAACACCUUUGUCUGCACCCUGGAAACUCUUAAAUUUGAGGCUAUAAUGACAGCUUUAAAAUGUGGAUUUAGACUGCUGACCAGUCUGGACUGUUCAAGAGGGUCGAUUGUUCACAGUGAUGCACUGCAUUUUAUCAAGUAAUCACAAAGGCAAAGGAAACGAGCACGCAGCCAGUAAACCUCCUUGAGCUGCAGCCUCCUGGCAUCACAAAUAAUGCAUCUAACUAGCCCUGUACCACAGAGCUCAGCUGCUAAUCAACUGAUGUGAGCUAAUGGUAUGUAAAUCUCAUAAUGACAUCUCUGGCUUACUUAAGCUGAAUGAAAAUUUUAUGCCUGAAUUUAACAAGAAUUAUCUGCUAACAUUGUAAACACAGAUGGAAUGCUUUAUGCUCUUUGUAAUAUGUUUUCUCAAUGCUGUCUUUCAACCAGAGAGUCUAGCUGAAUUUUUGUGUACCUGUGUGAUGAAUGUGCAUAUACCUAACUGCUCUGCUGUACAGCAGUGGGAGUAUUUUCAUAUAACAAGCAGGCUUAAAGUAUGUUUUGCUUAUAACAAAUUCAGAAUGGAUUUUAACCGGAAUAAAUGAUUUUUGACUGUUCAUUAGUGUUUAUGGUAAUCUAUUGUACUGAAUUUGCAAAAAACAGGAUUGCAAAAGAGUUUAAAAUAGCUAACUUAAUUUUUAAGUUAAGUGGUUUCUCAACUAACUUAAUCCUAAAUUUAUACCAUACUGCUACACUAACAGCAAUUGCCAGAAACACGUAAACCAACAAAAUAAUGCUGGAGGGGAUUAAUUUUAUUACAGGAAUUGGGUCCAAUCUGCAGAGUAUUAAAUUUUCUAAUCAUACAUACAUAUCAAAUAGCUAACAAAAGUAUGACAUUAAGUUUAGCAUAACAAGUUUCCAGUAAUGGUAUCCUACAAUGCCACAGUCAGUAUUUCUAGCAAUCAUUUGUGCUCAUAAGGACAGGCAGUGAACAGAGCCCUUGCUUUGCACAGUGACUUAGUAAAUGCAAUGAGUACUAUCAGUUCUGAAGAGACCACCUGCUGGCAUUAAAGACUAUUCACUCUAAGUAAUGGAAUAAAUACCUUCAUUCU